AUGGCAACCGAGCCGCCAUUGUCAAUGACCGCUAGCGAAUCUCAUGCUCGAAUCACCUCAUUAGAUGUUCAAGAUGUGUUCGUCAGCUCGGAGGCGAACGAGCUCAAAGCCGACGUGGAAAUCGUCAACGACAGUAAUCUGGCUCACUCCGCUCAGGUAGUAUUUCGAGGUUACGUCCGCAACGGGAACACUUUACUCUAUGAAUUUCUCCACGAACAAGUUUGGAUCCUUAUUCAACCGUCAGAAUCCAAAACACACCAAGUCGCGGUGGAAGCCUGGCUGCCACGAUUCCCACCAUCAAUCAAGCUUCAGAAAGACUUUCAAGUGGAAUAUUCUGUAAGAGCUACUGUAGAUCCAUGGUUUCAAAACAGUCACGUGGAAAGGAUAUUCACUGUUGCCCGACGGCUGGUCUUAAAAAUGCCGCACAUGAGCUGCUAUCAGAAGCGGCUCAUUAUCAACAAAUGCGUGAAUCAUGGAGGAUGGAACCACAAAAAAUGUAAACCAAUAAAUGGCGAGAUAUGGACAGAAAAAGGGGUCUAUUCAUUUGGUGAGACAGCAAGGGUCAGCUGGCAACUGCAACUGGACUCGAAACUGGAAAAG